AUCUGCACGUACCGGUACGGCUUUGCACCUCACCACAUCAUGGCCUGACACAGCGCCGAACUCCAUGUGCCGACAGUUCAGGACCCAUAAUCCCAUUGUGCCUACUACAGAUUCAGGCGGGGAGCUGUUCUGAUGCUGUCACGUGCACGCCUUACGCCGCUGUCCAGGGCCUCUUCCCUCGACCGGAGCUCGCCGAUGGCCAUGUCAACGAAUCGAAACGCGUUCUCGCCGCCUCUUUGCCGGCGGUCCAUAGCUUGCUCGUGCCUCAAUCGCAAACCGCUCCUAUACAGUUCGGUGUCCUCCGCGUGCCGUCCAUCAGAUAAGGCGCCGUUUCAUAAGUAUAUCUAGCUUUGAUCGCCCUUUUUGAUAACUUCGUCUACUUACCCUCUGCUUCCCAUUGACCACCUAACUACCUACAUCUUCAACCCUUAUCUCAAGUACAUUAGGCUAUUGUUGCAAUCUCAACAGCGUCGUUCGCCAUGUCUCAACUUAGUUACGCCCGCUAUGGCAAGGACAAUGUCCGCCUCUACAAGGUCGAUAAGGAUCCCAACACCGGCAUCCACAAGGCUGUUGAGCAAACAGUCUGCGUUCUACUCGAGGGAGAUAUUGAGACUUCCUACACUAAAGCAGACAACUCUGUGGUAGUUGCGACCGAUACGCAAAAGCAAACAACAUACAUCCUCGCCAAGCAAAACCCCAUCGACCCGCCCGAGCAAUUUGCUGCCAUCAUUGGCGACCACUUUGUCAAGACCUACCCUCAUAUUCACGCCGCCCACGUCAAGAUCGUUCAGCACCGAUGGACGCGCAUGACUAUCGACGGAAAAGCACACCCACACUCCUUCUUCCGUGACGGUGAAGAGACCCGCGUAGUCGAGUCAGUAACUCGCGAGAAUGAGGGUGUCUCUAUCCGAUCCAAGAUUGAGAAGCUCCUUGUGCUGAAGAGCACAGGAUCAGCAUUCCAUGGCUUCCACCGCGAUGAAUACACGCGCCUACCUGAGACAUGGGACCGUAUUUUGAGCACAGAGAUUGAGGCUGGCUGGCAAUGGAAGUUGUUCAAGAACCUAGAUGAGGCCAAGGCUGUGGACUUCAACGCUGCAUGGAAGGCGGCCAGGGACAUUACCCUCAAGGUCUUUGCCGAGGAUGACAGCGCCAGUGUACAGGCGACUAUGUACAAAAUGUGUGACCUGAUCUUGGCCGCUGUUCCCCAGGUCGAGGCUGUGGACUAUGCGCUGCCCAACAAGCACUACUUCGAAGUUGACCUCUCAUGGCACAAGGGCAUCAAGAACACCGGCAAGGAUGCUACUGUCUUCGCUCCUCAAUCAGACCCCAACGGCCUCAUUCAGUGCACCGUCACCCGCAAGGGCACCAAGUCGAAGCUGUAGAUACAGCAGCACGUUCCCGUUACACUUUGGUUUCUUGUACAUUUCUUUCGGUUAUCCAGUGACUUUCAAGGGGAAGAUUGUCGAGCGAGAGUAGAACAUUAUACCACAUUUUCUUUUUAUACAGGGGGGACGAGUGAGAGUAGAACACCUAUCAUGCGAGUAGAAGGAAUUCAACUUUUGGCUCGCUAUCUUCCUUGACACCCUAUGCAUGUGACGUGAAGGUGCAUGAUCAAUCUAUCUGGUAAAACCCUAA